AUGUUUCCUCAUGGGUUAAUUCAGCGGAUAUAUUAUCGUCGAAUUAUGAGAAUUAGCAAUAUUCGAUAUCGAAAUUUAGUAACAGAAGAGACGAGUAUUGCAUCAGUUUCCAAGACGGUACUACCCGAUGAUUAUACCAUUGCAAAUGUUGGUGAUACCGAUGUACCUCGACAUCGUAAGAAAGUAAUAAGUCGUGCAUUGGAAGCUUAUCUCAAUGAUGUUAGAAGACAGAAUAAAAUCAUGGCCCGAGAAAAGGCAGAAUUCGAGCUCGGAAAACGAUAUUUGGCCAAUAUGUUGGGGCUGGAAGCGAAUAGCAUCACCCAGGAUGACAUUGACAGGGCGAUCGAGUAUCUCUUUCCAUCUGGUCUAACACACAAGUUGGCAUUACCGGUAAUGAAGCCACCCGAGGAAAUUUUACCAGUGUUUCGUCAAAUUGCAUUUGAUGAUGAAGGCCGUCCAAAGGAUUUACUGUUUUUCACACUUACGCCUAAGUUUUAUCGACUUCUUUCGACUGUUGGUACAAAGACGGAAGCAUUAUUGUGCCAUCAAGAGAAACAAGAAGCGGCCACAGAGGGUGAUUCGAAGACGCAUAAAAUAGAUUUGCUAGGCACGGAAUGGAUCACUCAACAAAUGCUUUGUGACAAAAUGGAAGAGAAAAUUACCGAUGAAAUGUAUGUACAUCUAAUUGCUUCACUGGAUUAUAUGGUUUCGCUUCCUGGUGCAUAUAAAGAGCGAGAUUUCAUUUUCGAAUACAGAAAACCUAUAGCUGUUGGGGCUAAGGACGUUAUUUUCGGUGCAAAAGUACCACCUGUCCAAUUAGUGGAAGGUACCAAUCAACGGAUGGCGAAAGUGGAAACUCGUUUGAAAGCAACAUUUGCUGAAGUUGAAGUACGAGACAAAGGAAGUGGCGAAUAUACAGUUGACGGAUAUGGUCUCGAUGUGUUCCGAUCCUUACAAGCUAGGGAAAUAUUCCUGGCACCGUUAAUAGUGACAGAUUUACUGGGAAAACUGGAUAUCACGGGUAAAAUUACGGAUGGCCCUGGCGGUGCUUCUGUCAUACCUAGGAUCAUACGACAUGGCGCUUCCUUAUGUAUCGCUGCAUUAUUUCCUGAACACUUCGAUAAACUUCGUCUUGCUGGUCUAUUAACGUCUGAUCCAAGAAGACGUGAGCGACACAAGAUCAAUCAAAAGGGUGCUCGAGCUAAAUGGAUUUGGUAUCUUUUAUUUUUCAAACUUUUUCAUCGCACUCCGUCUAUAGUUCCAAUUUCUUAA